GGAGGGCUCCAAUUGGAACAAACUUGUUUUUCUUUUUAACGCCCACCACCCCCGUGGCUAGCGGAGCUGUGUGUGCUGAAGCCAUGGCUCAUAUGGGGCUGAACUCGUACUUGCAGCAGGUAGAGCGGUGUAUAGAAGAUGCAGACGGCGAGACUUUAGCUGAGCUGGUGUCAUUCCGACAUCCUCACGUCCACAGUUCCAAACUACAGAGUCCUGACUUUGAGUCCCAGUGCCAGGCGUACCUGGAGUCGCCCUACGACGAGAUGGUGGCCGCGCACAUCAGAUGUGCAGGUGCCGUGAGAGGAGGAGACUUUGUGGACUCCUUUGCCUGCCAGACUGUCGUGGUCCAAUCUUUCCUGAGGGCGUUUCAGACUCAGAAAGAAGAGAACUGGGCUCUCCCAGUUCUCAAAGUGGUAACAUUGGACCUGCGUCUAUUUGCAAUUCAGGCAGAAGCUGGGAAGGCCAGCAGAGGCCACUCAAAGCCGGGAGAACUACUGGAGAAAGCUGCAGACCACAUAAUGUCUUGUUUCAGAGUGUGUGUCAGUGACAUGCGAACAUCAGAGGAACUGACAAAAAGAUGGGCCACAUUAGCACUUGUGAACCAACUCUUCAAAAUCUAUUUCAAGAUCAACAAGUUGCCUCUCUGCAAGCCUCUCAUUCGAGCCAUCGACAGCUCCUCUCUGAAAGAUCGUUUCAGUCUCGCCCAAACUGUCACCUACAAGUUCUUUGUCGGGAGGAAAGCCAUGUUUGAUAGCGAGUUCAGAACAGCUGCCAACUACCUGCAGUUUGCCUUUGACAACUGCUACCCUACCUCCAACAACAACAAAUGUGGAGUUAUAUGUUUGCAUGACUCCUAUCUGCUCAGGUUGAUUCUUGUCUACCUAAUUCCAGUCAAGAUGCUACUGGUAAAACCCCUCAAUUAUCUGUACUCAUAUUACUUGAUGUUGUGGGGUAAAUCCCCUCAAUUAUCUGUAAUAAUAAUUAUUACUUGAUGUUGCUCAGGGUCAUAUGCCCAGUGCACGUCUUCUAACUGAGUACAGACUACCCCAGUUCAUAGAUGUCGCCAAGGCCGUCAGUCAAGGCAACAUGAGACUACUAUCAGCAACCCUGCAGAAAAAUGAGGUAUUUUAAGUGGUAAAAUUGUCACCUUACACCUUGGAAUCCCAAAUUUCAGGUCUUCUUUAUUCACUUCCGAAUUUACCUCAUUCUGGAGAAACUGAAGAUCAUUGCAUAUCGCAAUCUCUUCAAGAAAGUCUCGCUCCUACAGAAGACCCAUCUCAUACUGCUAGCCUCGUUUGAAACAGCUCUGAAGUUCUCAGGAGACGAGGACACUGACAUCGACGAAGUCCAGUGCAUCAUCGCCAAUCUCAUUGACAAAGCUUACAUCAGAGGCUACAUGUCGUACCAACACCAGAAGUUGGUAGUCAGCAAGCAAAAUGCCUUCCCUGCGCUCUCGUCUGUCAUGAAACAAUGAUCCACUGAUACCCACUCUCAACUCUACCGUCAUUUCUAUUGCACAUUUGACAUGAAUUUGCACAGUUUAUUUGCUCUCUGUGAGAAUUUGCUGCGGCCUGCGGCUUGCACAAAGUCUGUUUCAAAACUGAACAACACAACAAUAACUAAUUAAUGAUUCAAGUGAUAGUCCACACACUCUGGACCUG